AACAUGGCGGAGCCUAAGUGUGAGGAUAGGCAAUCUUGAAUCGUUGGGAAAUUGCGAGAGAAUUUCUGGGUAGAUUAUGGAUAGGUUUAGCUGGACAUCUUCAUCCAGUACGUGUGUCUUUCCAGGCGAGUCAGGAGUUCACCAGCAGUCUGGUAUCAGAAUAUACGACGGAGACAAAAAGACAACGUUUGAGAAUGGUUCUCUUAAGCUAACAACACACAGAAUAGUAUGGGAUGACCUAGAUCAACAGGACAGAGCCAUAGCAGUGCCACUUUCUCUUGUAAGCAAAGUAGAAGAACAAUCUUCUGGCUUCAUGAGCAGUGCUAAAGUGGCUGUAAGUCUUCACCCUCCUCCAGCUAACAAGGAACCUGGACCAUGUGUCUCCAGUCCAUAUGGUUGUGUCAAGUUUUCUUUUAAGCAAGGAGGCCACUCAGAGUUCUUUGCUCGUUUGAUGGAACAAGUUAAUAAGAGGUCAUGGAUGCAGCAAAGUGCACAGCAAUCAUCCAGUAGCACAGCAGGAAAAGGACUGAAUCGUCCCAGAGGAGUUGGAGGAAUUGUGGGCAUUGAAAGAAAACUAGAAGAGAAAUCCAAAGAGACUGAUAACUAUAUUCAAAAGGCUUUUAAAGACUUGGAUGCAUUAAUGGAGAAGGCCAAGGAAAUGGUUGCCAUUGCUGAUAAAGUAGCUUCCAAAUUAGAAGAGAAAAAGGGUGCAAUCACUGAAGAUGAGACAGUUACAUUCAAGUCUUACCUCCUCAGCAUGGGAAUAGCCAAUCCAGUAACAAAGGAGACACAUGGUUCAGGUGCAAGUUAUCAUAAAGAACUCGCUAAAGAACUGGGAACAUUCUUACAAAAAAUCAUUACGGACGAAGGAGGCAUGAUGACGCUGACCGAUGUAUACUGCAGAUUCAACAGAGCAAGAGGAAUGGAGCUUGUUUCCCCCGAAGACUUAAUAAAUGCAGCCAACAUGUUUUCCGCUGUGAAUAUUCCACUGAGAUUAAGAUCUUUUGACAGCGGUGUGUUGGUUAUUCAAGUUUUGUCCCACAAUGACGAGGAAGUCAUACGGACAACCAGACAAAUGCUCGAUGAAAAGAGCUCCUUGACAGCCGAAGAACUCGCACACUUGGCAAAAGUAUCCGUAAUGUUGGCCAGAGAAAGGCUCUUAGUAACAGAACAAGCUGGCAAAGCAUGCCGGGAUGACAGCGUAGAGGGUCUUCGGUUCUACCCUAAUUUCCUUGUAGAGAGAACAGAUUGAAAAAUGUUGUUAAAAAGUGAAACAAUCAAAUCAAGCGGAAUCUCGAGAGCUUCGUCUCUAAUUUCUUUGUAGAGAGAUCAGACUGAAAACUGUUGUUGAAAACCUGAAACAAUGAAACUCAUUGAAAUCUCAAGAGCUUUGUGUCUGGUCAACUGUUGUGACCAGUAGGAAAAUAAGCGCCAUACCAAAUCACUUGUUCCUGUUAGUCUGCAUAUAAUGGUUCAGAGAGGUUAAGAUAUAAAGUCGGACACAUUCAAGUUGACGGAGGAAUAAUGGCAAAAUAAAAAUAGCCUCAAUAAAUUUAUUUUGCAACUGAUCUCGCCAUGAACAAGGUAGCUUUCUGACAAGUUACAGACAGGUCGUCGUAAAACACGCGCAGAUAAUUAAAACAGCGUAUUUUAUUAAACAUAGGAACUGUACAGAAGUCUUGAAUAAAAAUG